AUGAAUGCUGGAUUUGAAAAGCAGAUCGCCAAUCUUGGCUGGGAUGUUAAGGUUGAGAACCCAUUAGACGACACUUCGUUCGAAGACAAGAAGACCGAUGAUAAAGAUCAAUACGGUGUCAAAAAUGCUGCAAUUGUUAGCGAAUGUUGCCAAAAGAUUUACAAUGCCGUCAACAACUCUGUUGCCAGCGGAAGACUUCCAAUAACUAUCGGAGGAGAUCAUUCUAUUGGCACCGCUACUGUGGCAGGAACCAUGGCGGCUCGUCCAGAUACUUGUGUUUUGUGGAUUGAUGCCCAUGCGGAUAUCAACACUCCUCAAACCACCGAGUCUGGAAACCUCCAUGGAUGCCCCAUGUCAUUCGUGAUGGGACUCGACAAGGAUAGCUACCCACCUGAAUUCUCAUGGGUUCCUCAAUGUUUGAAACCAAACAAAAUAGCUUAUAUCGGCUUGAGAGAUGUUGACGAUGGAGAAAAGCGUAUUUUACGUGAAAACAACAUCCCGGCAUUUUCCAUGUACCACAUUGACAAAUAUGGAAUAGGUAAAGUGGUGGAGAUGGCUCUUGACAAAAUUAAUCCUGACCGGUCUGCUCCCAUCCAUUUGUCUUACGACGUCGAUGCAAUUGACCCAUCAUUUGUUCCCGCGACCGGUACUAGAGUAGAAGGAGGACUUACUUUAAGAGAGGGUUUAUUUGUUGCUGAAGCCGUGGCAGAAACUGGUCUUUUGUCGUCGAUGGAUAUUGUGGAAACCAACCCUCUUUUGGGCCAAACUGACGCCCAUAUCUUGGACACCGUCAGUGCAGCCUGUGCCAUUGGUCGGUGUGCUCUUGGCCAAACAUUGUUGUAG